AUGUAUCAUUCGAGCGAGGCACACAUUCUCCCACUUGCCUAUGAUUGUCUCUAUGCUGUUUGGGACAUGGAUGAAACGUUAACCAGCACUCACGCACCCUAUAUUCACAACUACUAUCUCAUUCCCUACUGUCGAAGACCAGAUCGACAUCAACAACAAUCGACAUAUGCGAUUGGUCCUUUACCAGUUGAUAUUACCGAAGAAUACAAGAUCAACAAUGUAAGUCUUCUCUACAACUGCACAUUACCAUGCACCGGAGUAUGUUAUGGCUUUAUUGAAAGCUGCAACAAUGAAUCGUGGCCCUCAUGCUUGGAUUGGCGUGAAAUUUGUGAUGAGAAAGUCGAUUGUCUUGAUGGUGAAGAGCUAGAAUGGAAUGAGUGCAACGAAAAUGAAUAUCGAUGUCAUAAUGGUCAAUGUAUUCCGAUGGAGUUUGCAUGGGAAAGUCUUAGUAGUGUGGAUUGUUUAGAUGGAAGUGAUGAACACGACGAUGUUCAGCGAGAAUUCAAUUUGAAUCCAGUGUCAUACAAUCCCAAUUGUGUAAACUUGUCAAUAUUUCGAUGUGAAGAACGAACUCCACGAUAUCCUCGACAGUUUGUAUGUGGUGGUGGUGGUGGUGAAUAUAAUGAUAUGCAAUACACAUAA